CUGGUGUGAAGUGUUUAAUGUGACUUCAGCCUGCAGACACAGAGGACUGAUGAAGCAGAAGAUUGUCUCUGUUUCUACACAGACCUGGUCCAGACAGCAGAGCUGCAGAGUGAAGACGUUCAUGGGAAGAAGCUGACAGCAUGGAUCAGUGUGAGGACAGAGAGGAGGGAGUCCCUCCCUCUAAAAGCACUCUGUGUGGGGAACAUGAGAGCCAGACCAAAGCUCAGAGCCCAGAGCUGUGGGGCGUACCAGGCUCAGCUGGACAUAACCCUAAAACUAAUCCAGAACCUGGACCUGAACCCAGCUGUGUUUCCUUAAAGAGCAACAUGUCGAAGGAUAUUAUUGAAAACUUUAACAAAAGACUGUUAUGUGACAAAGAGAUCAAUAAGAGGCCAGAAUCUCCUGGACCUGAACCCAGCUGUGUUUCCUUAAAGAGCAACAUGUCGAAGGAUAUUGAUAUAAACUUUAAAGGCUCUUCUUCUGCUGCUGAGAGAGUGGAGCAGGAGAGAGCAGAGGUUUCCACUGGUCAGUCUGCACAGCAACAUCAAACACACCUGGACUCUGUGGUUAUGCGGCUGGAGGACAACAUCACCAUGUUUGUGAAGAACGAGCUGAAGAAGAUCCAGAAGCUUCUGAGUCCAGAUCACCCAGAAACUUUAAAGAGCCAGAUGGAGGAUGAGGAGAUGUUUGAAGGUGAGGAUGAAGAUGAAAGAAAGAGCUGCAGAGAAGCAUUUCUGAAGAUCACACUCCACUUCUUGAGGAGACUUAAGCAGCAUGAGAUGGCUGACCAUCUGCACAGCAAAAUAUUUGCUUCACUCCAGAACGUGAACUUAAAGCCCAACUGAAGAAGAAGUUCCAGUGUGUGUUUGAGGGCAUCGCUAAAGCAGGAAGCCCAACCCUCCUGAAUCAGAUCUACACAGAGCUCUACAUCACAGAGGGAGGGACUGCAGAGGU